AUGUAUGGCAGGUAUGGCCACAUCGCGACGCUAGCCAAGAAGGUUCUUGCUGGCGCAAAUUCCGUGGAGGGGGUCACCGCGGAGGUUUACCAGGUGCCUGAGACAUUGAGCGAGGAGGUUCUGGCCAAGCUCCAUGCUCCACCCAAGGAUGCGGAUGUCCCCAUCAUUGAUGUGGCCAAGCUCCCCGAGUUCGACGGCUUCAUCUUUGGGUUCCCUACCAGGUUUGGCACCGCCCCUGCUCAGUUCAAGGCGUUCCUGGAUGCCACGGGGGGGCACUGGGCCUCUGGGGCCCUGGUUGGCAAAGGCGCCUCCAUCUUCACCUCCACCGGCACCCAGGGAGGCGGCAGCGAGACCACGGUGCUUACCAGCCUGCCGGUCCUCGUCCACCAUGGCAUCGUCUUCAUUCCCACUGGCUACUCCUAUGGUGGCUCCCUCUUCUCCAACGACGCAGUCCGCGGCGGCACGGCUUACGGUGUGUCCACCCUGGCAGGUGCCGACGGCAGUCGUCAGCCCUCAGAGCUGGAGCUUGGGUAUGCUGAGCACCAGGUUGCGGAAACUCUACCUGCAGCCGUCCUUGAAAAGAUACAUGCGCCACCCAAGGAUGCCUCUGUCCCCAUCAUCGAAGCCUCUCAGUUGCCCGAAUACGAUGGAUUCAUCUUUGGCUUCCCCACAAGGUUUGGCACCAUGCCCGCUCAAUUCAAGGCGUUCCUGGAUGCCACAGGGGGCCUCUGGGCCUCUGGGGCCCUGGUUGGGAAGGGCGCUUCCAUUUUCACUUCAUCCGGAACCCAGGGAGGCGGCAUCGAGACCACGGUGCUGACCAGCUUGCCAGUCCUGGUACACCACGGCAUUGCUUACAUCCCCACCGGCUACUCCUAUGGCGCCUCUCUCUUCUCCAAUGAUGCUGUCCGGGGCGGGACCGCCUAUGGGGUGUCAACCCUGGCGGGUGCUGAUGGCAGUCGGCAGCCGACUGAGCUGGAGCUCGGCUAUGCCGUGCACCAGGUAGAUAGGUUCGACGACAGCACCUGCACACAACACCGCAUCAUGGCCCGCAUCGCUGUCAUCUACUAUUCCACCUAUGGGCACAUCGCCAAGCUCGCCCAGCGAGUGCUCGUCGGGGCGCGCGCCGUGGAUGGCGUCACUGCCGACAUCUUUCAGGUCAAGGAAACUCUGAGUGACGACAUCUUGGCCAAGAUCCAUGCUCCGCCGAAGGAUGCCGAUGUCCCCAUCAUUGACCCGGCCCAACUCCCCGACUUUGACGGCUACAUCUUUGGGUUCCCCACCAGGUUUGGCACCAUGCCCGCCCAGAUGAAGAGCUUCUUCGACGCCACUGGAGGCCUCUGGGUCAAAGGCAGUCUGGUUGGGAAGGGCGCCUCAAUCUUCACAUCCUCGGGCACCCAGGGAGGCGGGCUUGAGUCCACUGUGCUGACCAGCCUGCCCAACCUGGUGCACCACGGCAUCGUCUUCAUCCCUGUGGGGUACACCUUCCCCCCCCAAACCGACCUGGGCCAUGUCCACGGUGGCACCGCCUACGGCGCCUCCACCUUUGCCGGGUCUGACGGGAGCCGCCAGCCCAUCGAUCAGGAGCUGGACCAUGCCGAGCACCAGGGCAAGUACGUUGCUGGCGUAAUCAAGAAGCUGGCGGCCUGA